CUGUUUCACACAAAAACAGAACACCGAGUUUCUGUCUUGGUUCGGUACAGCCCGGCUGUGGCACGCACGGACGGCGGGUGACGCGACGACACCUUUUCCUUCUUCCUCCUCGCUUUCCUCCACGAAUCCGAUCCAAUCUCCUCUCCGUCCCCUCGUAGAUCCGAUCACCAUCGAGGUUCAGAUUUGAGGGAGGGGAAGGAUGGGGGCGUGGAUGUCCCGGGUGUGGUUUCUCAUGUUCCCGGCCAAGGAGUACAAGAUCGUGGUCGUGGGGCUCGACAACGCCGGAAAGACCACCACGCUCUACAAGCUCCACCUCGGCGAGGCGGUCACCGCCGCGCCCACCAUCGGCAGCAACGUCGAGGAGGUCGUGUUCAAGAAUAUACGCUUCGAGGUGUGGGAUCUUGGAGGACAAGAGAGCCUACGCGCUUCAUGGGCGACAUACUAUAGAGGAACUCAUGCUGUCAUCGUGGUAAUCGACAGCACCGACCGUGCUCGGAUCAACAUCAUCAAGGAUGAGCUCUUCCGGUUGAUUCAGCAUGCAGAUCUUGACAACACGGUGGUCCUUGUGUUUGCGAACAAGCAGGAUCUCAAGGAUGCCAUGUCGGCGGCUGAGAUCACAGACGCCCUGUCCCUCCACAGCAUAAAGAACCACGACUGGCACAUACAGGCCUCGUGUGCGAUCACUGGUGAGGGCCUCUAUGAUGGGAUGGGAUGGAUAGCGCAGAAAGUUGCCGGAAAGGCCACGGCAAGCUGACCACAAAAACAUUGUGUGUUUUGGUGAAUUUGUUGGAAAUGGGUGGGAGGAUGGGUUUGUUGUUCCUGCCAUUUGGGUGUUUAUUUAUGUUGUUACAUACUCCCUCUGUUCCUUCAUGUAAGGUGUAUUAUUUUCGGCACUGUGACCAAGGCACAUAAUUAUAGACAUGUGAUGACGAAAUUACCCUUGGCAAA